UGUCAGAGCAAAACGUCUCCCCACACAUCCUGGGACAAAGUGGGCAGUUGGAAACCUUCCAUCACCCCAGUCCCCCUUCUUUGACUGUAAAACUGAAGACAAGACCUUUGUCUGGGUGGAAGUGACGCAAUGAUCACCAGAUUCCUGUCCUUGCUUUGCCUCGGGCUCUGUCUGGGCUUUGAAGGUGAACACAAGAAUGAGAAACUUCCCAAACCCUCCCUUAAUGCCUUGCCGGGACCAGUGGUUAAGCACAGUGCUAAUGUGACCCUGAAGUGCCACUGUCACUUCCAGAACGUGACGGUCAUGCUGGGGAAGUCGCAGGACCCUGGGUACAAGCAGGAGCGGAGCUCAGCAGGAUACGAUGCUGAAUUCCUCCUCAUGGACCUGGAACCUAAAACUGCGGGCACGUACUUUUGUGCCUACAAGACAAUGGGUUCCCAUGAGUGGUCUGAGAAGAGUGAACCCCUGCAGCUGGUGGUCACAGAUACCCGUGGUGGGUCUGGAGCUUCCUCAGUAAAAACAGACACCAGAGUCAUCUUCGUCACCACCCUCAGCUGCCUCUUCAUCUUCCUCCUCUUUCCCUCUAUCUUCCUCAUCUACAGAUGCAGUCAGCAUGGUUCAUCACAUAAAGAAGCCACCAAGAGAACUAGCCAUUCCAAAUUCCCCAAGCAGGAGGCUUCAGAUUUACCCAAGCUGGAAACAGAAUCUCUCUCGACUGAAGACCCCCAGGAAGACACCCCUGCUGCUGUAAACAAUGAGGCACCAUCUGAGGAUGAGCCCCUGGGAUCUUGUGAAUGAGACGCUGGUGGAAGGACUUCUCCCCUGGGGAGGAGAGUUUGGAUGCAGGGGGCCGAGGUGGCUGAAAUCCACACCACGUUGUGUCUCAGCUCAUCGUCUAUGCUAAUAAAAUUGAAGUUUUUCUGCCCUGGCUAGUGUGGCUCAGUGGACUGUGAGCUGACCUGCAAAUCAAAGGGUCGCCGGUUUGAUCCCCAGUCAGGACACAUGCCUGGGUUGCAGGCCUGGUUCCCCAGUAGGGGGUUCAGGAAAGACAACCACAUACUGA